AUGGCGGUGGUGAGGCCCUUCGACAAGCUCCCGGCGCUCAACUCCGCCGCGGUCUUGGCGGUUCCGCCCCCGCUCCUGCCCCGGGCCCCGGGCCCUCCGGGGUGCUGCCCUGGGCCGGCCGCCCCGGGCCGCGCCGCCCCCGCGGCGGUGGCCGCUUGGAGCCGCGCCCUUCCUGGGGCAGUGUCUGACGGCGUUUCUUUCCGUCUCGCCGAGCAGCUGGUGGGGUCGGAUGAGAGUCUCCAGCAGAAGCUCGCAGAGGCGAUUCUCCGAGAGAAGAAAAACUUCAAGAUCAGUAUUCACCUAGCAACGUCCCUCCCUUUACCUUCAGAGAGAGAUCACCUUCGGCCCAGGAUAGAUCUGAUUGCAUUUAUGAUUGACAUCAAGAGCAAAUACAGCUUAAAGAAUGUUGAAGCUUCACUAGCUCAUGUGGAUGCCAGCUUUUUCCUGGGGAAAGUAUGCUUCCUUGUCACUGGGGUUGGUAGAGUGAAUUACUGCAGCAUAGAGAUGAAUACCAUCUGGAAACUGGGAGAAGUCUAUUGCAGUCCUGUACUAUACUGUGAGCUGGAGUUGGAAGGGAUACGAGUUGCCACUGCUCAGCGACUUCUCCGAAUGUUGCAGAUCUGUGCUGGUCACAUACCAGGGGUUUCUGCCUUGUCCUUUGGCUCAUUGGUGAGGAACUCUGCUGAUGAAUAACCUUGUAUUGUGAGAAUCCAGCCAGGUUCAUCAGUUCUUCACUUCCAGGCAUUCAAGCUGGAAACACUUUGGGAAGUUCUUUUGCCUAUUUUAUGAACACUCAUCUGGAGCUGUUCCUAGUUACUAAUCUAUGAAGAAAAGCUUGAUUCCUGUUUAGUGGGCAAGGCAGGGGCAUUGUGGGAGGAUAGCUUGACCUGGCAACUCCAUUAUUACAUCUGAGUCUUAUUUUAUACUGAAGUUUGGAUUUCACCAGAUUAAUAAUGGUCAGAAGCUACAUGUUUUACCAGGAGCACAUCAAGAGAAGAACAGGCCACUGUCCCAAAUGCUGCACAUCACAGUUGGGUGUCUGAGUUUCAGUGGCCCAAACCUACCACAGACAGACAGAGACACCAGGCUUCCACUUCCUUUGACCUGAAAUAUAGCACCUUGGACUAAUACAAAACCUUACUGACAAACUUGAUGUCUCUGCAUCAAGAGAAUAACGUGACAGUAAGGCUGUUCUGCAGCUUCUAGAUGUUCAGGAAUUGGCAGUUAAUGAUCCAGCUGUGGGAGCAUCUGCCCAGUGAGCGACUUAAUGUUUCCAUGCCUGAUACCUAGUCAAGGUUGAAGGGACUAAAGAAGAUAACUUAGCACUUUAGCCUUUUUUGUGUCUUCAAAGAAGAAAGUUCCCUCUCAGGCCUGGGAUAACUGAAGUCUUUGCUCAUGAUUUCGGCAGCUUAGACUGUUCUGCUGCGAGUCAAUCCCUUCAGACCAAGGAGUUGUCCUCCAGAGAAGUCAAACUGUCCUGAGUUGAGAAAUGAAGAGGUAAAAAGGACUGUAACUGAGAGUAUUGCUGCACUUAAUGGGUUAUUGCCAGGACAGGUGGAGCAGAGGAAGAGAAACAUGCAGCCACUGGUGGAAAUAAGUCUAUACUUUCAAAGUAAAGAGCAAUGAGAUAGCUUUUCUCUCAAAGAGCCAAAUAUCCAAAUAGUGGAAGCUGCUGGCCCUUAGCAAGCUUCUGCAAAUAGGGUAGUUCAGCUCCAGGAGCUACAUUUGUCCCUCCAGCAUCCUUAGUGCUCAAGCUCUGCACUCUGGGGCUGAUCAGAGAUGGAACACAGUGAAUCUGACUACAGCAACAUUCAGAAAAUACCUGGUGUCUCUUGCAAGUUGGGUGCAUGCUGCAUGUAAAUCCCUUAAUUGAUAGGUUCUUGUCAGCAGUAAUCAUGCCUUAUUCUUAAUGCAAGCUAAUAGUAUAUUUUGCAAUUCUAAGUUAAUAAAAUGUAUCAUAUUUACACUA